CACAAACCGCAUAUCCGUGGAAAGAGACUGAUUCGUUCGUUAAGAAUUACACUCAUCUUGCUACACGAAAAAUUUUUUUAGAAAAAGAAUUUGUGUAAGUGUCUUUGUAUAGGAGACCCUCGAAUCGUGUUCAAGUUCUCCAAACUUACCGUAGUUGGCUCACAUUGAAGACGCCUGCCAACGUUAAAGACAUUGAAUAUGUUGACCAUUCACAAUAAGAUUUGUGCUCGAUCGUUUGUGGGAUUGAUUUCUGUUAAGUCUCCAUCAAUAGUCCCCGUGAAUGUUUUACAAAGACGACAUUUUAGAUUGUUUCAAAAGGAAAAGCAUUCGGAUCUUCAACAAACUAACGUGGCUCAACGUAAGCCUCUAUCUCAGAACCCUCGUGAUGUUUCGCUUUUGACUUCUCUCAGGAAUGGAGCAAAAAGUAUGGUUGACCGUAGUGCCACUUAUUCGAAUAGUAUGAUUAUAGCCUCAUCUAUGUUAUGGCCUCACAACCUUUUACAAGGCUUGGUGAAUUCCAUUCACGUUUGGUCAGGUAUGCCUUGGUGGGCUUCCAUUGCUACCAUGGCUAUCGGAAUGCGUAUCACUGUUCUUCCUUUAAUGCUUAAUAUGAUACGAACUUCUUCAAAAUUAGCAGUUAUCAAUCCUCAAGUUUCUCAACAUAUGGUUACCUUACAAAGGGCCAAAGCAGAGAAUAACAGUACUGGCAUGUCAGAAGCAACUAGCAAAAUUCAAGACUUAUAUCGUUCAAACAACGUCAAUCCUUUGAGCCUCCUUUCUGCUCCUAUGGUUCAAGGCGUGAUAUUUAUAAGUUUUUUCUAUGCUUUAAAAUGUAUGGCCGGUGUACCUGUCGACGGUCUUACUGAAGGUGGAUUUCUCUGGGUGCAAGAUUUAACAAAGGCGGAUCCUUAUGCCGUUUUCCCAAUUUUGAACGGUUUUUUGAUGCUUUUCAACAUUGAAGCUGGUAGUGAAACAGGAACCAAUAAAGCAGCAAUGGCACCAGGAAUGAAACGCUUCUUCAGGUUGUUGUGUGCUGCUAGUCCUAUUUUCACUAUGAGUUUCCCGAUGGCCAUUUUCAUGUAUUGGGUUCCCAGCAAUAUUUUUAGUGUUUUCCAGGGUUUGUUGUUAAAGAAUCAAUCUGUACGAAACAAAUUGGAUCUUCCAGAGGUUCCAGCAGUGGAUCAAAAAACCGCUCCUCAAAAUGAAUCUUUCCUUCGAUCCUUCACAAGUAUUAUGAAUGGUGUUCGUGAGCAGAAGAAGUAUCCUGAAGCCUCUGAUAUCCUGAAACCUUUCCAUAAAGUUAACACCGAGGAGUCAGCUUCUACCCAAAAACUCUCUAAUGAGAAUUCUAGGCAAAAUUCCUCUUCUGAACCUUCCACUAAGUCUUAAUUGAGAAGAACUUCUUUUCAUGACUUUAUUGAUGUACCAUUUUUUUCACCGAUCUAAUUUGACCGUUAUUUUACAGCAACAUAAAAUCGAUUCCACGAUCUUAGAUUUCUAUUUUUGUGAAGCCUAUCUUGAACCGAUACAUUGUUUUAUCGCCAACAAGUUAUAUUUCCCUUUCCCUUUCUCUUUCUCUUUCUCUUUCUCUUUCUCUUUCUCUUUCAUAUCCUUUGCUUACUUUAUUUGAAUUACACUUUUGUCUUUUAUACCCACUUAUCGUCUCUAUAUUGAACAUAGAAGAAAAUGCAAUUUACCUUUACACAAUCCUUAUAGAGAAAAAAGGUAGAAUAAGUAUUGAUUGGCUUUAUAAUAUGUCAAGACUCCCCAUCUUCAACGAAACACCCAACUCAUAGAAGAAAUCCUACUUCGUUUCACCGGCUUAGCUUAAAAACCGAGCUUUUAGUAUAUGAGUUUUUGACCUAGCACCGUUUUACUUACCAAAAAAACCAGUACUUAAAUUUAUUGAUUUAUUUUAUUUACGAAUUGGAGGAGUGGUUAAUUAGCUAAAUUAUUUAUCUCCUUCAUUAAAUAACCCUUCAUGCUGCAAAAAAGAAAUCACUUAAUGAACCAUCUCUUGAUGCUAAUAUUCGUUUCUUUACGUUGAAAACCAACAGAAACUUUCUCCUAUAUUCCCAAUUUUUGACUACUUACAAUUGUUUCCUAAACUCGGGCUCAAGGGACUUAUUUCAAGGACGCUGAGGAAAAGCAUUACAAUCAUUUCUACCAAGUGAAAUUUAACAGAUUUUUUUUAUUUGUUUAGUUCGCUUUAUCUUUGUUUAUUUUUUCAUAAAUAUGGAUGACAUGGAUUACUACUACAAGUCUCAAUUUACCAGCAUACUAUCGCUUCUCCCAUAAAAACGAGAAGGAACAUACCUCUCGAUAUAAUAAUCAUAGUAAGAUAAUUAGCAGUUCGUAAAAUUAGAUACUAAACGUGGUACACCUCCUAAAAUUUCAUAAGAAGUUCGUAACGCUGCGCUAUUUAUUGGAUUGUUGCUAUGAGCCAUCAAUUGAAUUUUCCC